AUGAGCUCCUCUCAGCUCUCAAACUCGCAGCUUGUUGGCACGAGACCCGGUGCCACUCUGACUACUACCCAGGCUCAAUCCAUCAGCGGUGUCAAAGAGCUGGAAAGCACCAUCGCCGGGUUCCAGGCCAUCUUGUCUGAUGAUGAGCGCAAACAGCUGCAACAGCUAAAAAAGACAUCGCAUGAUGCUCAAUCAAUCAUAACAUUCACAGCUGAGCUCGAUAGGCUGGAUGGAAAAAGAAGGGGAAGGAGUGUUGCCUCGAGGCUAGCUUCUUUCUUGCAGACGGUCGAGCAAUUCAUGCCUAUUAUCGACACCUACAUUCAGUCCAAUCCUGAGAUUGCAGCCCUUAUAUGGGGCAGCAUAAAGUUGACAUUCAUGUUCCUCGCCAAUUUUACAUCCUACUUUCAAUCAUUUGUGGAGCUUUUGAAUGGAUUUGGCACAUUGUGCACACGUUUUGCCAAUUAUCAAGUGGUUUUCAAGGACUCCUCCCGGCUUAGAACCUCUGUUUGCCAAUUUCAUACAGCUGUCGUUACUUGCUGUCAAAAGAUUAUCAUGACAGCUCGACAAUCCCUAACAUCGAAGCUUCUGAAAGCCCUCACUAACUCGUUCCAAACCGAACUCCGAGGUUACGUAGAGAACAUUAGAACGAAAGCUGAGGACGUGCAAGCUGAGAUCAGUUUAACCAAGGCUCAGUACGAUCGUGAGGAGCAACAACUUCAGACGAGAGAGCGCCAAGAUGCUGCGACCUAUCGAAAGCGGCUACUUGCAUGGACCUCCAAAUCAAACAAUGAGAUGGAAGAACUACAAACCCAAAGAAGAAGGAACGCUGCAGAACAAAAACGACUUCGCCUUCUCCGGGACCUUUCGUCUUACGACUUUACUUCAGCACUCAAUCGGACUCGGAACAAGCGCCAUCUCGGGACGGCAGAGUGGGUGUUCAAACCCCCAGAAUACCAGGAAUGGGCCGAUAGCAAUCAUUCGUCUGUCCUUCAUCUGACGGGCAAGAUCGGCUCCGGAAAGACGGUACUAACGUCCUCAAUUGUAGAGAAGCUUUCCCAGGCUAGACCUCCCAAUCAGUUCGUUUCGUUCUUCUUUCUUCAAUUCAAUGACUCAGUGAGCCUUGACACGGAGACGAUCAUAAGGUCUUGCGUCCAACAAAUCUUAUCGACAGCAUCGAUUGGCGACUCGGAUCCUGAGAGUAUUUCUGAACUGGAUGAACGUGUUCAAGAAGCAAAGUCAUCGAUGUUUUCUCGAGAGCAGCUAUUGGAGCUCUACUCUACUGCAUCAACACUUGUCAAGGAUUGGUUCAUUGUAAUCGAUGGAUUAGACGAGUUCAGCAACAGCCAACAGUUGAGUCUCCUGAAAUUCUUCAAAGAUGUCGAGAGUCUUGGUGAAUCUCGUUGCAUCAAGAUGCUUUUUUCGUCUCGAGAAGCCUGCUCCAAGGUUAUCAGCCAGAUAUUUCCUGCUUCGACCCGACUGGUGACUGGACGACAGGAAACCAGCUCAGAUAUCGGCGUCUAUGUUGAGGACAUUAUUAUCGACAAGGUCUCGACUGGGGAACUGGCUGUGCAUGAUCCAGGACUGAUUGAUGAAAUUGCCAACACUAUUGCUUCUAAAGAGCACGGGAUGUUUCUCUGGGCUUUUUUGACAAUUGAGGACUUGUGUUCUGCAAAGAAUGAUAAAGAGAUCCGCCAAGCGCUCCAAGAAGUUCCGACCGAGCUUCCUGGCACUUUCGACCGUGCGCUGAGACGCAUCGUACAGCGACGUAACCAAGAGAUUGCGAAAAAGAUCUUUUCAUGGACGAAAGCGGUACUACGACCCUUGACUUUGUUCCAACUACGCGAAGUUCUUUCCAUUGAGAUUGGGCAACGCACACUAGAUCAUGAUAGCCUCAUCAACGGUAUAGACAGGCUGCCUAACUGGUGCGAGAGUCUCAUAUACGUGGAGGAAACGGACAAUACCGUCCGUUUCAGUCACAUCUCUGUCCAGGAGUAUCUUCUGAAAGAGGUUUCAGGCGAAUUCCAAAAUAUCCAUAUCGAGGCGCAGAAGUGUGAUCUGCUCGUGGGUGAAAUUUGCAUAACUUAUGUCAACCUUCACAACUUUCACACUGCGAUCGUAGAAAGAGACAAUAAUGUGCGGGAAUCUCCUUCGUCAAGUCUCGACAUGGGCCAGCUUGCCGGGAGAACGAUACAGUCCGUUAUCAAAGGAGAGGUCGGUACUCGCAUGGGUCGGUUAGCCCAGCGCAUUGUGAAGCCUUCUAGUUCAAGCAAAACCUCGACAAAUGAUGCAUUGGCCACUUUUGCUCCAGCAUCUGCGCACUCAAAAAAGAAGGCUGAAUAUCCUUUUCUGGAAUACGCUACAGACCACUGGUUUAAGCAUACCACGCAUCUUUCAUCAAAGCGAAAUGCAACUACCUGGGCACUCCUUGACCAGACUAUCCGGAAGCCCCCGAACCUUUCUUGGGGCGGAACGCAUGAUUGGACCAUGAUGACCGAUGUCGUUAUGGAUACUGACUCUGGUACCAAGAUUCGGUAUUUGGAUGAUGUGAAAGAACAUUUACGAGCUUUGCCGUCAACAUCAAGAUGUCGAAUCGCAGCAAAUGCUUUCUUGUAUGCGCAUUCCGCUCACAAUUGGGGUCUCGCCUGUCGGGCUUUCCAACUAUUUGCAGAAGCCCAUAGGAACAGCCAGAAAAUAGAGGGCUCUACUUUCCAAUCGAAUCUGCAUCAUGAGGGUUUUGUGGGCGAGACUAUCAAGGCCAUCGCCCGCGGCAUUUCAUACAUUCCUCCCCUAGUGAAUCAUGAGACAACAAGACAAUGCGAGUGUGCGGAGAAGCCAUAUCAUGUGCUACAACAAGACUUUUGUAGUCUUUUGGCUACGGGAUAUAAGCGGGAACAAGAACGACAUCUACAGGCAUUCGCAAUUCUAGCCUCUGGUCUUACAUUCGACACUCCUAUAACAUUGAAAAAGUUAUGUGAAACCUGUCAGCUUGAGGACCAUGUUCUACUCGAUGCAAUGACUGGUUCUGGUAAAUUCUUGUUGGAUGUCCUGGUCCGGACAUUGAUGUCUGACUGGACUGCCUUCGCAAAACAGCAAGUGCCAGGAUUCGUCCUAACACUAUUGGGGAGCCAUAUUGCAUUAUUUUUCGACCUCAAGUUUACAGAGAAGGUUAACUACAAGCUUCGAUCAACUCAAGAUCAAUUGGAUGAUGGUUUGUUGAUCAUUAACACUGCCUCAGAUUUGGCUGAAGAACGACUUUCAAUCUUCUUCCAUACUAUGGGUCACGUCCCAUUAAGCAAAGGCAUCAUCAGGGAGAUAUUUCUCAUCGACCUGAUCCCCAACGCUAGUAAUUUGCAGGACUCUACUCUCGAUGAGAUUACAGAGCUCUUUCUUUUGCAAUCUCUGGAGCCAGGACUUGACGAGAUUUUUUAUGAAAUCUUUAGAAGUUCUCUGAUGGCAUAUUGCUGGAACCUCACUGCGGCUCUGUUAGGUGAUGGGCCUGAAAUGCCGGAACCUAAACCGGGUAAAUCGCAGUCAAGCAGCCCCGCCUAA